CACACGAUUCGUUUUAGACCUCUUAUAAAACGUACCUACUGCGUUUCUUCGAUAUAUUGUGACUCUUGGGUCAAUAUAUCGACAACAACAAACUUUUCGUUCACACUGAAAGAUGAAAUCAUUUAUGUUCGUUAUGGUUUUGGGCACGUGCAUGAUGGCCAUGUGCCUAUCAAUGCCCCAGGGAUCCAAAGAAGGAGCUAUUUUUACGAAUGAAGCAAUCAGGCAAGCACAGAAUACACAUCUGAUACCGCAAAAUGCUCAGAUUCAGAAGGUUCAAGAAGGUGUUGAGUUGGCCGCGUACGAGUCGAUACCUGGAGGACAGGCCAUCAACCUGUUUGAAAUUCUUGGUGACCACGUGCCCCCAGAGGUUGUCAGCAACUUACAAACUCAGGUCGAUCAAGUUGGAAAACAAUGAAAAACAACUAGAUUAUAAUUUAACUCAAAAUAUAAUUUAGUUUACUAAAAUAAGUUUGAAUAGCCCUCAUUAACAGGUUUCAAGUACCUACAGUAUUUCAUAACAUUUUUGAUGCCGAGUUUUAAUCCAUCAUGUAUUUUGGUCUCUCACCAUGUGUUAUGUAAUAUUGUUAUCGAUUAGUUUUUAACAGAGAAAGUAAUGUUUAUUUUUCAAAGAAAGUGCUUUCACCCAAUGUUUUUUUUUUUUUUUUUGACAAAUA